CCGCGCCCACGGCCGCCGCACGGAGCGCCCUCUCCACCCGCACCGAGCGAGACACAAUGGCUCGGGCAGAGAGCGCGACUGCCAUUGGCCGGCCCGGGCCGCCGCAGCCAAUCAGGCGUGGCGACACAUGGGGAUGACAAUAAAUGCAAGAUGGCUCCUCAUAUAAAUCCACGCGCUGAGAGCGGCUUCCCUGUUCGCAAAAAACUCGUUUUUCUUCACAUUUUUAUGCCAUACGUUUCCCCACCCUGUCCAGAAGGCUGACCGGCGGUUGCAUGUUAUCGAGCAAUCAGUGGAAGAUCACAAGGCGAUCGGCGCUGUGCGGGAUUUGAGUGUUUUGAUCUCCUGCUUGGUGGGGAUGAAUUAAAGCCCGUCUGCUGGCUCCGUGGAUUACUCGCGGUCUGGCCUCCCGGCUUUGCUGCUGGGACGGGCCCUGCCUGCCUGCCUGGGCCUCCGGCCGGUCGCCGCCAAAUGCUGGAAUAAAGCCGCCAAUAUUGGGCAGAAGAGAGACGGCGACUUAUUUUGUUACACGCAUUCUUAAUGGCGGUUUCGAGGCUUGAUCGUCUCUUCAUUUUACUUGAUACUGGUACCACACCAGUAACUAGAAAAGCAGCAGCUCAACAAUUGGGUGAAGUUGUUAAGCUCCAUCCUCAUGAACUGCAUAACCUGUUAUCCAGAGUGUUAACAUAUUUACGCAGUCCUAAUUGGGACACUCGCAUUGCAGCUGGCCAAGCAGUAGAAGCUAUUGUGAAGAAUGUAACAGAAUGGAAUCCUACUCCAAAACUAAAGCAAGAGCUAGCGUCAGAAAAUCCAACGGAUGAAACGUCUUUGGAUCGUUUGAGCUUUGAUAGAUUUGACAUAUCACGUCUUUUGAAACAUGGAGCAUCUCUGCUUGGCUCUGCUGGUGCCGAGUUUGAAAUCCAACAUGAAAAAUCAGGUGAAAUUGAUCACAAGGAAAGAAUAGCUCACCAGAGAAAGUUGUUACAAAAGAAAUUGGGCCUUGAUAUGGGAGCGGCUCUAGGAAUGAACACGGAAGAGCUAUUUAAUGAUGAAGAUCUCAUUUAUAAUCCCUCUCCAACUCCAACAGUACUGAAACAGCCUGUAGGUAGAACCUCGGGUUGUUUGACUUCAAGGAAUCAUGCACUUGUUCAGGCUGCUGAUCUGAUUGAAGCUGAAUUUCAACCAGGAAUGAGCAGCAGACAGAAAAAUAAAGCAAAGAGGAUGGCUAAGCUGUUCGCUAAACAACGAUCCAGAGAUAUAAUAGAAGGAAAUGCAAACAAUGAAAAAUGCAAUGAUAAUGUUGAUGUGGAGCCAGAAGAAAAACGCAGAAAACUUGCAAAUGUUGUUAUUGAACAGGCAGCAACUGAAUCAAAAAUGUUGAUUGAUAACAGUCUUGAUAAUUCCUCAUUGUUCGAUGAGUCAAACGAAUGGCCAUUGGAAAGCUUUUGCGAAGAACUUUGUAAUGAUCUUUUCAACCCAUCAUGGGAGGUUCGUCACGGUGCAGGGACAGGGCUGAGAGAGAUAUUGAAGGCACAUGGCAAGAGUGGGGGUAAAAUUGGCGACAUCACUUUAGAAGAGAGCGAAUCACAGCACCAGGAGUGGCUGGAGGACUUGGCUAUUCGUCUGCUUUGUGUGUUUGCAUUGGACAGAUUUGGAGAUUUUGUAUCUGAUGAAGUUGUGGCACCAGUGCGGGAAACCUGUGCUCAAACUCUUGGAGUUGUGUUGAAGUACAUGAAUGAGAGGGGUGUGCAUGGAACCGUGGUUGUUUUAUUGAAAUUGCUGGCGCAAGAACAGUGGGAAGUGAGACACGGUGGACUUCUGGGAAUAAAAUAUGCUUUAGCAAUUCGGCAAGACUUAAUUGAUACAUUACUACCAAAAGUCCUUCCUACCAUAAUUGAUGGCCUGCAGGACUUGGAUGAUGAUGUUCGUGCAGUAGGAGCAGCUGCACUUGUACCAGUUGUGGAAAAUCUUGUACAUCUUCAGGCAUCUGAGGUGCCAUUUAUUGUCAAUACUCUAUGGGAUGCUCUUCUAGAUUUGGAUGAUCUUACAGCUUCAACAAAUAGCAUCAUGACCCUACUCGCAUCGCUAUUGACUUAUCGUCAAAUCCAACAGUAUAGUAUUCAGCAAUCGCUCACAAUUUUGGUCCCUCGUGUCUGGCCAUUUUUACGUCAUACCAUUUGUUCUGUUCGGAAAGCAGCUUUGGAAACUUUAUUCACCCUUCUGUCUACACAAGAUGAAAGCUGUGUAAUGUGGUUAACUCCAAUUCUACAAGAUGUGUUAAGACACAUAUAUCAAUCAUGUAUUUUGGAAAGCAAUCAAGAAAUUUUGGAACUGAUUCAAAAGGUAUGGUUGGAGUUGUUGAAUAAAGCCCCCAUUCAGUAUGUGGUUGCUGCUGCUUGCCCAUGGAUGGGAGCUUGGUUAUGUUUAAUGAUGCAACCUUCACAUUUGCCACUUGAUUCAAAUAUGCUGCUAGAGAUUAAAGCUAAAUCAAAGGAAAAACCUUGCAGUAAGCAUCGACAAGGGCAAGCACCAACAAAAGAAGUGAGACAAGAAUACAUUGCUGGUUCAGACACCAUUAAUGAGGACCAAGCUACCAGAGAUUAUGUGGUAACCCGAACACGCCUAAAGGCAGCCAAGUUGCUAGGAGCACUCUGUUGUUCCAUGUGUGAGCCAAGUGUUAACUCCAUCAAUCAAGAAGUUAAACCAGCUGAGUCUUUAGCUCAUCUUUUACUGUUCCAUUUAAAUGCUAAGUCUGCUUUGCAGAGAAUUGCUGUUGCAUUAGUUAUUUCUGAAUGGGCUACCCUCAGGAAGGAUUGUGUCGUGGUAUCCAGUGCUGUUCAGCCACGAUUGAUGGCUAUAUUGUCAGAACAUCUUUAUUAUGAUGAGAUAGCUAUUCCGUUUACACGAAUGCAGAACGAGUGUAAGCAACUGAUUGCAUCGUUAGUUGAAGCCAACUGUGAUGUCGGGAGCAUUGCGAAUAACAGCGUAUUUACCAUAGAUCAAGCAAAUGAACUGAUCACAACAGUUUUCAACGAAGUGACAGCAUCCUUCGAUGUAAAGUCCGACAUUAUCCAGCAGUUGGAUAGCAAGCGGCAGCAGGUCCAGAUGACUGUGACAGAGACAAAUCAAGAAUGGCAAACUCUCCAUAUUAGGGUCCACAUGUUUUCUGCUUGUGCGGUCAUUAACUUGCAGCAGCUUCCAGAAAAACUGAAUCCUGUCAUAAAACCAUUAAUGGAAGGAGUGAAAAAAGAGGAAAAUAUACUGGUGCAGAAUUAUGCGGCUUUUUGCAUUGCCAAAUUACUCCAACAGUGUACAGUAAGAUGUCCUUGUCCCAAUCCCAAAAUUGUGAAAAAUCUUUGCAACUCUGUGUGUGUGGACUGCACAGUUACCCCUUCAGCAACUUCUCCAGUCCCGACAUCUAACAGUGUGGAUAACUCUAAAGGACCAAAUUCUGAAAAAGAUGGAAUGCAUCAUGCUGUAAAUAAAACCAGGGGAAUUAUCACACUUUACAGGCACCAGCAAGCUGCAUUUGCUCUGACUAGUAGACGAGGGCCAACGCCUAAAGCUCUCAAGGGCUCAUCUGCAGACAUUCCUCAAGGGAGUGCAGGGAUUAGUCUGAGUGAACAUGAUGAGACCCAGAAGUCAAACUUAAUUCAGAGAAGAGGGGCUGAGUAUGCACUUACCACAAUUGGAAAGCAUUUUGGUGCAGAAAUGGCUACAACUCUACCAUAUCUCUGGGACUCUAUGGUUGGACUACUGAGCACCCAUGUAGAUGUCCAGAAUUUCAAUGGAAAUGUGGUACUUGAAAAGGGAGAUGUUGCAGCCCAGGAAUUAGUUAACUCAUUACAGGUGCUGGAAAUUACAGCAGCAGCAAUGGGCUCUGAUAUCCAUGCACAGCUGUUGCAGCAUCUUCCACGUCUUUGCACAUGUUUGCGGCACCCAUAUACUGCAGUCAGACAUAUGGCUGCUAGAUGUGUGGGUGUUAUGAGUAAAAUAGCUACAAUGGAAAUGAUGAGCAUAUUUCUAGAGAAAGUACUUCCUUGGUUAGGAGCCAUUGAUGAUAACACAAAACAAGAGGGAGCAAUUGAAGCUCUAGCCUGUAUAAUGGAGCAACUUGAUGUAGAUAUAAUCCCAUACAUUGUUCUGUUGGUAGUCCCUGUACUGGGCAGAAUGAGCGACCAAAUGGAUAGUGUACGCUUUAUGGCCACCCAGUGUUUUGCAACAUUGAUUAGAUUAAUGCCACUCGAGGCUGGCAUUCCGAAUCCACCAAAUAUGUCAGAAGAAUUGAUUAAACAAAAAGCCAGAGAGCGACAUUUUUUGGAACAAUUAUUAGAUAGCACCAAGUUGGAAAAUUACAAAAUUCCUGUUUCUAUCAAAGCAGAGCUCAGGAAAUAUCAGCAGGAUGGUGUAAACUGGUUGGCAUUUCUGAACAAAUAUAAGCUUCAUGGCAUUUUGUGUGAUGAUAUGGGCCUGGGAAAGACUCUGCAAUCAAUUUGCAUUCUUGCAGGAGAUCAUUACCUCAGGGCUCAGGAGUAUACAAAAACUCAGGCAGAAGAUCAUUCGCCUCUACCUUCAUUGGUCGUGUGUCCUCCAACGUUAACAGGCCAUUGGAUAGACGAAGUAGGAAAGUUCUGUUCUAAAGAAAUAUUGCAUCCAUUGCACUAUACAGGACCUCCCACUGAGCGGGCUAGGUUACAGCACCUUGUGAAAAAACACAACCUUGUUGUGGCAUCGUAUGAUGUUGUUCGAAAUGACAUUGAUUUUUUCAAAAAUAUUAAGUGGAACUAUUGCAUUCUUGAUGAAGGGCACGUCAUCAAGAAUGGUAAGACAAAACUUUCAAAGGCAGUAAAACAGCUAACUGCAAGCUACAGGUUGAUACUUUCUGGGACACCCAUACAGAACAAUGUCUUGGAACUCUGGUCAUUGUUUGACUUCCUGAUGCCAGGGUUUUUGGGUACUGAACGACAGUUUGCAGCACGUUAUGGAAAGCCAAUAUUAGCUAGCAGAGAUGCUAAGAGUUCUUCAAAGGAGCAGGAAGCAGGUGUUCUUGCAAUGGAAGCAUUGCAUCGACAAGUACUUCCUUUCCUGCUACGCAGAAUGAAGGAAGAUGUCCUUCAGGAUCUUCCACCGAAGAUAAUUCAAGACUAUUACUGUAAUCUCAGUACUUUACAGGUCCAACUAUAUGAAGAUUUUGCCAAAUCACGUGCUAAGUGUGAUGUUGAAGAAACAAUAUCUGCAAAUACACACACAGAAGAAAACGAGAAACCUAAACUGAAAGCCACCGGGCAUGUAUUCCAGGCUCUGCAGUAUUUGAGGAAACUUUGCAAUCAUCCUGCACUAGUACUGACACCACAACAUCCAGAAUUCCAGCAUAUUAAAGAGCAGCUUGCUGCUCAGAAUUCAUUUCUGCAUGAUAUCCAGCAUGCUCCAAAGCUUUCUGCCUUAAAGCAGCUGCUGCUUGAUUGUGGACUUGGUAACAGUGCAGCCUCAGAAAAUGGCACCGAAUCUGUUGUAGCACAACACAGAGUUCUCAUUUUCUGCCAACUGAAGAGUAUGUUGGACAUUGUAGAACAUGACUUGCUCAAACCUCAGAUGCCAAGUAUCACUUACUUAAGGUUGGAUGGCAGUGUUCCUGCAGGCCAACGACAUUCCAUUGUGGCAAGGUUUAAUAAUGAUCCGUCAAUAGAUGUCUUGCUGUUAACCACUCAUGUGGGUGGCCUUGGUCUGAACCUUACUGGAGCAGAUACAGUAGUGUUUGUUGAACACGACUGGAAUCCAAUGCGAGAUCUGCAAGCGAUGGAUCGAGCUCAUCGUAUUGGGCAGAAACGUGUUGUUAAUAUUUACCGAUUAGUAACAAGAGGAACCUUAGAAGAAAAAAUCAUGGGAUUACAGAAGUUUAAAAUGAGCAUUGCAAAUACCAUUAUUAGUCAAGAGAAUGCAAGUUUACAGAGUAUGGGGACUGAUCAGCUUCUGGAUUUAUUCACUCUUGAUAAGGAUGGCCAUGAAAAUAUGGGAGCUGGAUCUGCAGCAAAGUCAUCGGUGAAGGCAAUCUUGGAAAACCUUGGAGAACUUUGGGAUCAACAACAAUAUGACACAGAAUAUAAUUUGGAUAAUUUCAUGCAUUCACUAAAAUAAAAUUACUUGGAUAAUCGCAGCUAAGCCAUGAGCAUGUCACAAGAUUUUUCUGCUGAUAUUCAGCAAGUUUUGGAGACAAUUAAAUGUCGAGUACUGUGUAAAUACAGGCAGUUGAAAAGAGCAAGCGUAAAAUGAAUAUUUUGGAAACCAGUGGUUCAGAAUUGGUAGAGCAGAUAGUUACCCCAGCUUAGUUUGCACAGUUUUACAGUUUUACAUUAGACAUUUAUUCAGUGCAGAUAUACUUGAAGUAACACUCUUAAAUGUCUUAGGAGACAGAAAUAUUGUUCUUAAGGAAAACUUUUUCAUAUAGUUAAGGAAAUAUGCCAUUAUGUGACAUAGUACAUGACAGUAAAUUGCUGUACACCAGUGCAGAACCGGAAUCUGAUUUAAAAUAUAAACCACCUCCACUUUUUCCAUAGUGGAAAUUGACUGAUUUUUUUUUUUGCUGCCUAUUAGUGAUGGCUUUCAGUUUACUUGCUGAGCUAUGAUAAUUGUAGGUGUUCUAUAGAAAUUACUUUGUACUUGAGUUGAAAUAAAAUUUCUGAAAUUUGAUCAAAAUAAAAUUCAGUUGAACGAG